CUCUUCAUUUAAAUCUCAUUUAUUGGUGCAUCGUGCAUAUAAUGGUUCAUCUGCAUGUUCUUGUAUUCUAUCCACGUGUCUCGAUUUUAUUGGCCAGAAUGGAACCUAAUCACACCUGUCAAGACUCCCGCAGUUGAUUGGCUGAGAGCGUUUUCAAAGUCGGAUAAGGCGUUUUCUACAUCACACGAUGGCUUGAAACACUUAUCCUGAAUUUCCCUUAUUUCAAUCUCGGAAUCUCCAACAAUUUUUCUGAUUUUGAUCGAAAAAGAAAGCGAAAAACAAAGAAAGAAAGAUCAGCUCAACAGCCAUGGCAUCAAUGGGUUGCCUGCAGCGCGGCUCUUCUCAACCCGUCCUCGACGGCAGCCUCCGAUCGAGCCGCUUGAGCAGAACCAACGCCGCCAGAAUCUGCCUGUCCAGGCUAGGGCUUAGGGUUCGAGCCCAACAGCAGCCGAGCUCAGCCGAGACCGAGCCGUCACGCCGAGCUAUGCUGGGGCUUGUUGCUUCCGGGAUUGCAUCUGUUUCCUUUGUUCAAGCCGUGCUGGCUGAAGCCAAGCCGAUCAAGAUUGGACCGCCGCCCCCACCCUCCGGUGGACUGCGACUGAUUCAAUUUUUGCAAUUACAGUUUUCGAGAUUAUGGAAGUUCGUUGAAGCUGGAACUUUGAACUCGGAUGAGGCGAGAGACUUUAAUCUACCCCUCAAGGAUCGGUUUUACCUUCAGCCAAAGACACCAGCUGAGGCUGCUGCUCGGGCCAAGGAGUCCGCUAAGGAGAUAUUUGCCGUGAAGGCCCAAAUUGAUAAGAAGGCCUGGCCUUAUGUCCAAAACGACCUUCGUUUGAGGGCUGAGUACCUUCGUUACGACCUCAACACCGUUAUUUCGGCUAAGCCCAAAGAGGAGAAGAAAGCCCUCAAGGACUUGUCUGCUAAGCUCUUCCAGACAAUCAGCAAUCUCGACCAUGCCGCGAAGAUCAAGAGCAGCCAAGAGGCCGAAAAAUACUACGCUGAAACAGUGUCGGCUCUGAAUGAUGUCUUGUCCAAGCUUGGCAGCCAAAUUCGGCGCCUCCCGAACAUCCUUCAUCUCGCCCGUCUCCAUAUCAUACGUGAAUAUUUUGCUUCCCUUCAUCCAAAACCAUAUCUUCCCUUCCCUCGCAAACAACGGGACAAACUCGUCAUUAUUCCCUUCCUUAAAAAACGGGAGCCCAACAAUCCUCUUCUCCCGACACCAAAUCCCCCUCUCGUAAUCCGUCAGCUCCAUCACCUCCAAAUUGGGCCCCACAACAUCUGCAAUCGCAAGCUUCCCGGCCCAGUCCAUAUCCCAAUAGUUCCUCCACCUCGUAUCGGGCCGGCCCAAUUUCCCAAAACAGCUAAUAGAAAACUUCUCUGUCUCCAGAGGUUUCCACGGGCCGGGCAGGCCGGGGGUGAGAAUCUCGCACCCGUCAAAGCCCGUUUUCGGGUCGAGGUAAAACGAGACGACCCUGUAGCUUUGGGUGGCCCGAACGAAGGCGAGGGAGAGCCCGUAGCUGCCCUCGUGCGGGCUGGGCAGCUCGAGGGCCCGUUUAGUGGCUGGGUUCCAGAGGUAGUGAAUGUUCUUGGUGGUGUUCUUCAAGAUGAGAAGGCCGUCGAGGCCGGCUGUUAA